UACAUGCUACUUUCUCAUUAACAUGAAUUCAGUGAUAAACCAGCCGCUAGUCACAUUAUGGGGUGGGAGAUUGCAACCUUCACGUGGUCUACCCUGUUUCGACUAAUGCAAUCAAUCUGACGUGCACAAACAAAUAGAUCAAAUAGAACAAGUUGACCUACAACUUUAGGCUGUGCACGCUAUAUGCAAGAAGAAGAAGUCACAUUGUGACCAGUUUCAUCACACGAUCCUUGGAGUGAUUAACAUCUGAUCAACCUAGCUGGUUGAUUAUACUCAGCCACACCCUCUUAUAAAGGCAAUUCAUUAUAGCUGGAACUAGUAGUCGAGCCAUUCCCCAGCUCUUUGGAACUUACUGAAACUAUGGGGGAAUAUAAGCAAGAGCCAAGCUUUGAGAUAUCCAAAUGUAGUGGGGAAUGGUUUGGUUGACAAGAUCUAGGGGUGGUGAGUGGUCUUCCAAGUUCAAGGAGUCUGAAGUCCUUCAGCAAACAGUAACAUGUUGAUGGAAUGAGGUAAUCAUCAAGGUUAAUGUGAGAACUCAAGCAUCGAGGACAUGGAAGCAGUGCAGGUCAAAGCCUCAGAAUAUAUCUUCCAAUUCCAUCUGCCAACAAUUGUUCAACACAUCAAGUCCAUCACUAAGUUAACAAUCAUCAUUCAGGACUUCCGGUGGCGCUAUGGAGGAAUACAGGUCCGCGCCAGCUAGCUCCACGCAAAAUAGAUUGAAAAUGGGGAAAAAAAGAACAGGACUGACCUGCUGAUAACGCACCGGCUGCUUGCAACGAGUGUGUGACGUCAUCAGGCGCGCGACUCCGGCGGUAUGUCUAUGCAACAUACCAAGACGAAAAGAGCCGUUAAGCCCAAGCAAUCGGCGGAAGAAGUAGGCCCGACUGAAGCCUCGGGCUCAGUUUUAACGUCAUCCCAGGAAGAUGUUUCAAAGAAGACAAAGUCGAAAAAAACAGAAAUAGAGGAACUUCGAAGUUUUCUCUCACAAGAAAUUGCAAGUAAAAAGGAACAAUUGAAAAGUUUUAAAGAAAAACUGAACUUUAAAGAAGAACUGAAAUCCCUUAAAGAAGAAAUUAAAGAAGAAAUCAUAGCCUCUGUUCACGAAGUAUUGGAAGCCUGGAAGGCAACAAUGGAAGAAAAUCUUACUCAACAAAUCGAAGAGGUAAAUGUUAAAAUGAAUUCGAUGGAAUCCAGCUUUAAUUCUAGGUUGGAUCCCAUCAUCCAGACAUUAAAUCAACAAAAUACAGCUAUAACUCAAUUAGAGGAUAUUGCUGAGACAAGUGCUCAAACUACAAAAAAGCUUCUCUCCGAGAACAAGCGUUUAUCAGACUUAUUGAGUAAAAUAACUGAAAAAUGUAUUGACUUGGAGGGACGUCAGAGAGGCCAGAAUUUAAGAAUUGUGGGCGUCCAGGAAAGUAGAGAGGGGAACCGAGACCUCCGUGAAUUUGCUGCAGACUUAUUAAAAAAAGUCUUAAAUCUUGAUCAAAAACCUCUACUAGGUCGGGCACACAGAGCACUGGGACGCCGUACAAGGGCGGACGCUCCCGCAAGACAACUGAUAGUGAAGGUGCAAUAUGACCAUGUUUUGGAUGAUAUGAUGAAGAAAAUGGUUCGCAGCAGAGAUCUCCUAUUUGAAGGAGACAAGAUUAGUAUAUUUAGAGAUUAUCCUGUGGAGGUCACCAGGAAGAGAGUGCUGUUUACAGAGACAAGAAGAAAACUUAAGAAUAUACAAGAUCUGAGAUAUGGACUGAUGUAUCCCGCAACACUGAGAGUUACCUACAAGUGGAAGGAAUAUUUCUUCACUGACCACAAGGAAGCACUUGAUUUCGCCCAGGACAUUGAGAAUAAGACCGAUGAUUGAACAAUACUUAAUACCCACCUGACUUUACCGGACUUCGUUACCUCGCAGAGAACAAAUGGAACUUUAAAUCGUUAUACUUAAGGACUAAUGAAGGCUGAUAAUGAUAGUCGAGCAUGUUUUUUUGCUAUUGAUAUAUAACAUUUAUAUUUUAGUACUAAUUACUACUAAUUAUGAUUACGAAUUAUUACUAAUUAUUAUUAAUUGGAUCUACUUAGAAUUAGUUAAAAAUAUGAACUAUAAGUAAGGUUUGAUUCAGGCAAUUUAUUAAUAAAAAUUUGGGUUUUUUAAAAA